AUGUCGAAGAAACCAAGAAACAACCCUAAAGUGCCCGACCUCAUAAGUAAUCUACCGUCGAAGAAACCAAGAAACAACCGUAAAGUGCCCGACCUUAUAAGUAAUCUAUCGGAUCAUAUUUUGCUUUUUAUAAUAUCUCAUCUUUCCAUUAAAGAAAUUGUUAGAACAAGCAUUUUGUCAAAACGUUGGACACAUUUAUGGAAAAAUGUUUCGCACUUUGAUUUUGAAUUAACUCGCAUGGUAAACGCAGAUUCAUCACGUAAGAAGAAAGUAGUGACAAAAAAUGAUGUUAUGAAAUAUGCUCAAAUUGUUAACAAAACAUUGGAACAACACAAAGGUGAUUUGAUUACAUUUGAAAGUUGCAAGAAAUUGAAAAUUUUGAAGUUGGAUAAUAUAUUCAUGGAAGAAGAGAGUAUCAUCAAUGGAAUUUUGAAAUUUUGUUUUGGAUUGGAGAAGUUUAGUUUGAUUAACUCACAUGGAUUCAAUAGUAUCAAGAUUGAAAAUAAGUCUCUUAAAAGUUUGGAGCUUAUUUGGCUGGAUGUUAAAGAGAUAGAGGUUAAUGUUGAGGAGCUUCAAAAUCUGGUGAUUGAUUCUAUAGUCUGUCCUCCAAAGAGUCUUCGAAUUUACUCUCAGAAUCUUCGAAGUUUCUGUUCUAUCCCCAAAUUCGGCUCUCCAAAGAGUCUCACAACUUACCCUCAGAAUCGUCCGACUUUGUUGCUUAUCUGCGAAUUAUUAAUUGAUAAAAAAUCGCGAGACACUCUAAAAACACAAGAUAUUCUGGAAAAUUGCAGUGAUCUUUUCGAAUCUCAAUCAAUAAAUAUUUUUCAAAAUCUUUUGACAUUGUCAAUUGAUCUGGAUUUGAAUAACAUAAGAGAAGCUUUAGCUCUUUCCUACGUAUUAAAGACUUGCAAUCACCUCAAUACUCUAAACAUUACUAUACAGAUAAAAAAAACUUCAACUUUUGAUGAUUGUGCUCUAUUGUUUCCAAAGUCAAUGUUCUGGGAGACACGAGAAAUAGAUUAUGAGUUCUUUGAGAAGUUAAAAUUUGUCACAUUGAAGGGAUUUUCUGGCAAGGAGCAAGAAGUGUUAUUUGCAAAAUAUUUGAUUUCGAGAGCAUACAUGAUGGAAAAGAUGUAUGUAAUUUGUGAUUCAACAAUUGUGAAGGAAGCAAAAGAUCUACUAUCAUUAUCAAAAGCUUCUAGGGAUCUCUCCAUUGUUUUAAAGAAAGAAAGAAAAAAAGAAUAG